GAAGGAACGGAAAAAACUAUACAAUGCGUUAGCCACGGGCAAUGGCUCGUCCCCAAAACCUCCUUCCAGUUCACUCUGCGAGCCGCUCCUAGACAAACAUGGCGUGAGAAAAAAAAACCGUGGGGAAAAUAAGUGCGAAACUGUCGGGAGUUACUCGUCGCGGCGGACUCUGCUGCCGCUGCCUGGAAGUUUUCUGUUGUUUUCCAGUCGUGGGGCCCCGACGGUGGCGGCGGCGGCGUCGGCGGCUCUCACCCCGGAGCGGUGUCCCGGUCCGCCCAGCCCCAUGCAAAACCUAACGGCCCCUGGCGGCCCCGGCAACUCCAAUGUCACCUGCUCCUGCAACUGCACCGCUUCCCAACCACAGGGAAUGGAGAUAUCUGAACUGGAGUUUGUUCAGAUCGUCAUCAUCAUCGUGGUGAUGACAGUGAUGGUGGUGGUGAUCAUCUGCCUGCUCAACCACUACAAGCUCUCCACCUGGUCCUUCAUAACACGGCAGAGCCAGGCCCGCAGGCACGACCAUGCCCUGCAGCAGGACGGGUGUCUGUGGCCUUCAGACAGCAGCUCUCGACAAGGUGCCUCGGAGGUGUUAUACGCUCCCCAGGCCAGGGAUCGAUUCACGGCUCCCUCCUUCAUGCAGCGCGACCGCUUCAGUCGCUUCCAGCCCACCUACCCCUACCUGCAGCACCAGAUCGACCUGCCGCCCACCAUCUCGCUGUCGGACGGCGAGGAGCCGCCGCCCUACCAGGGGCCCUGCACCCUGCAGCUCCGCGACCCCGAGCAGCAGAUGGAGCUCAACCGCGAGUCGGUGAGGGCGCCGCCCAACCGGACCAUCUACGACAGUGACUUGAUCGACAUGGGCUGCGGCGGCGGCGGCUGCGGCGGUCUGGCAGGGGUUGGGGAGGAGGGGGAGUAAUGGGGAGGCGGUGGCCCAAGGCCGCCGAGCAGUAACUCGGGCAUCAGCGCCGCCAACUCCAGCAGCCAUGGGCGCAGAGGGCCCCCGCCGGCCUACAGCGAGGUGAUGGGCCACUACCCCGGCUCGGCGUUCUUUCUACACCAGCACAGCAAUAACCAGAGGGUGGGGGUGGGGGGGCCAGGGAGCAGGACGAUCCAGCAGCAGAGCCAAUCAGAAAGCACAAUAGUACCUGCCAAGGCCAAGGACGGCCAACCGGAGGACCUGGUGUGAAGAGAAGGGAUCGGGGGGAGGGGGGCAGGUGGGGGCCGCCCACCCCCAGACUGAAAGCUGCCUCUCCUCUUCACCCCUGAUCCCCUGUAAGCAGUGUCUCUCUAUCGCGCUCUCCCUCCGUCUCUCUCAUGUCCUCUCUCCACACUCCCAUGCACAAUUAAAUAUCAACCAUAGCUACAACGAAACAAGAAAAAGGAACCAAGAGUUGAUUUCCUUUCAGUGUUUUUUUUCCAAUGUAAGUCAUUCAAACAGCUGGCACUGCUGGGGAAGGAUGUAUGCACUGGGAGGAGAGUGAUUUUUUUUCUCCUCUACAUGAGAAACAAACUGCUAGCACAGAUUGGAACAAUUUGCGCUUUUUUUUUUUUUGUUUUCGUCCCCUCGGCGACGGCUCUGUCCCCGGGGAUCUGAGGAUGAUGUUUUGUUAUUUUUUCUUCUUUUUUUCGGACCGGGAUCUGUGCACAAAGCGAGAACUGAGAAUCAAGGACUUACAGAGAACACAACAAAACAAGAGACUCACAAACCCAAAUCUUAGUGCCAAGGUUCAUGAGGAAGCAAAGUAAAGUGUGCGUGGGGGGGAUGACUCCUAACAUUCAAAACACACAAAAAAAAGAAAAGUUAUCUAAAAGUUGCACUAUCUUUUUGUUGUAAAAGAGAAGAGGGAAUUUAUGCUAUGUGAUGAUAAUGAUGUGUUUGUUUUUCUCCUCUUUUUUUUUUUCUUUCGUCCUUUUCAUGAAUGGACUGACUGAACUGAACUUUGCCUCCAAUGUCAAUUUAACAGUUGGGAGCAAAAAAAAAACAACAAAAAAAAACACAACAAGUAUUAUAAGCUUAUGUCCUUCCGUUUUAUGAAAAACAGCAAGAAAUACUCGUACCCAGCCUACAACAUCUCUGUCUGCUUACACCACAGGCACAGUGAGACUUAGUAAAGAGAACAACCUUCUGCUGCUCACGUCCGAGAAGGAAAUCUGCCGACUGACCAGCUGCUGGGUGGACAGAACAUUUCCUACUUCCUCUGGUGGUUUGUUACAAGAUUGGGAGAUGGGGUUUUCCAAACCACAGUAGUUAGAAAGAAUCUUAGAAAGAAAGAAUUAGAGCUGCUUGGCGAGAUCCAACAAGCUCCGUACUAACAAGUCAAGUUAACCAAGAAUAACAUAACUCCAUAACAAUAACAAUAAAAACAUAUCUAAGUGUCCAUCCAGCAGCGUGCUCACCGCAGAUUCUUCACUUCUUCAACUCUGUCCCCCGACCUCUGAGCACCCUGACACUUCCUCUUUCCCGUUUACUGCGUCCCCACACCCCCUACCUCCCCCUCUCACCGCUCAUCUUGACAUGCACAGUUCAUUCUGCCAACAGCCACACUGAACACGAACCCCUGCCGCCAUGACAACGAACACACAAAACAACAACAAAAAACAAAAAAAAGAAGGCUCGGCUUUCCGUCUACGCGUUUCUAAAGCCACACACGAAAAAUAAAUAUAAUACAACCCAGGACGACACAAAGUGAAGAUUCCUGUCUGCACCCGCCAGCACAGCGAUCAGGUUUUAAAAAACGAGAAACUGUCUGUGGUCGAAGUCAAAGGGCUAUGGGAUGGGUCCUUUUUUUGUAAAAGAAAAAAACCUUUUUGAAAAAUUGAGCCUUUUUUCUCUGCUCAUCGUUGCCUUCUCCUCUGCUCUUGCGCUUCUCUCUGUCUCCCCCUUAUCUUGUUUGCAUUCGACACCAGUGCCCCCCUCC